AAGUUGGAGAUCAUUCUAUCAAGAAUUUUGGCUAAAAAUCAACCGCAACUAUCUCAACUUGCACUUUGGAUUAUGUGGAGACUUUGGAGGAGUAGAAACCAGCUUGUUUUUCAGCACCAGAAUUUAUCUUGGCAAAGUACACUAAAGCGAGCAAAGGAUGACGUACAAGAAUGGGAGAAUGCGCAAGAAUAUAUCCAAAGUCUGAAUCAUUACACAGUAAGAGAAGGCUGCAACAAUCGGGAAUCGACACAUCAGAAAUGGGAACAACCACCAAUGGGAUGGAUUAAAUGCAACUAUGAUGGCUCUUUCAAUUACCGCACACAACAAACAAACUCAGGAUGGCUAAUCAGAGACGACAAAGGAUUCUAUAAAGGAGCAGCACAAGCAGUUGGAGGAACAAUGAAUAAUGCUUUGGAAAGUGAACUCCAAGCUUUGGUCAUGGCCAUGCAGCAUACUUGGAGUCAAGGGUACCGUAAAGUCAUCUUUGAAGGUGAUAGCAAACAGGUGGAAGAACUACUGAACAGAAAACAAAUGCAUUUUGGAGCUUUUAAUUGGAUACGUGAAGCUUGGUCAUGGAGCAAACGUUUUGAAGAAGUUAUUUUCAGUUGGACGCCGAGAACGAACAACCAACCGGCUGAUAUGCUUGCAAAAUCUCAUCUGCCACAAGACACUUCCUUUAUUUAUCAUUACUUUGUACCAAAUUUUAUCACAAACGCCCUACACUGUAAUCACUAUUAAUCAUAUCAAUUGAAAGAAAUUGUU